CAUAACGGAUUCACAGUAAUUGACGGUGCUGCGCUAUGAUCUCUGGGGACCAUCUCAGUUGUGUAAUGCUUUCAUCCCAUCUACAACACGCGCUGCCAUGCAACCUCUCUGUGGAUGAUCGUUAAUUGGGCCCAAUGAUGUAGAGCCAAAUCCACCUGGAUCAAAUGUUCCUUCCUCUGGUGGCGAAUCUGGCUCCCCUCUGACUUUUCAUGUUUAAUUGAUUUUUAUUCCCAAAGUUUAUUUUUUUAAUCACUCCUUUUGCCAUUUUCAGUUUUUAAAAAUUUGAUAAUGGCGUCGACACGGAUAAUUUAGAUAUAAAGACCCAGGCUGUUUUAAUUGUAACCAACAAUGGGAAAAUUCACUCUGACAGAUAUUUAAAGCGCCUGGUCCUUGUGACUAAAUAGUUCCCUGACAUCUUGUUUUCAGUGGAACAAAACUUUUCCUGUUGUGUUCAUUUGUCGUGUCGCUGCCUCCCUUCUCUCUACAAUGUCCAGAUCAAACAGUGUCAGCCCACCCGGAGUCGGUGCGCCUGGGUUGAGGGGAGGGACCGAGCACAGAUCAGCUUGGGGAGAGUCUGAGUCUGUUGCCAACGGGUGCCCAUACUCAACCAGAUCCCCUCGCAAGAAGCUCACCCGGACCAACAGCCGGUGGAGGGAGGAGGAUGAUCCGGACCACCGGCCACCCGGUCGAACCUCCACGACAGUCAGCAGGGUUAGCUUUAGGUCCCGAUCGGCUUGGCAGGACCAUGGCGAGGAGACCCGAGACAACAAUCGCGCGUCCACUAAACGUCCAGACGGCGAGGUGAGACCCAAGUCUGUGGAGCUGGGUCUGGAAGAGCGCAGAGCCAAGCCGAGGAACAACGAGGAGGAGGCGGACAUGCCAGAAGUUAACUUUUCUUUUGUGGCGUGCUGCAUCAGCGUCAUGCACAUUUUUAAAUCCAAGAAAUUCCAGUCUGAGAAGUUGGAGCGGCUUUAUCAGCGCUACUUUUUCCGUCUCAAUCAGAGUAGUUUGACUAUGCUCAUGGCAGUACUGGUGCUGGUAUUCACGGUCAUGCUGGGCUUCCACUGUUCCAGUGGGACAACAGGACCGAGCGUCACGUACGCUGUGGUGUUUUCCGUGGCUAUCUUCCUCACGCUCAUACUCAUGGUGGUCUGCAACAGGAAUGGGUUUCACCAGGACCACAUGUGGGUUGUGUGCUACGUGGUAAUCCUGCUGGUGUUGGUGAUCCAAGUGAUCGGAGUGCUGCUCGUGCAGCCCAGAAGUGCCUCGGAGGGGAUCUGGUGGACCGUGUUCUUCAUCCAUGUCAUCUACACUCUGCUGCCUAUCAGGAUGCGCGCCGCUGUCAUCACUGGAGUUAUUCUUUCCGCCAUCCACGUUGCCAUUUCUUGGAUGUUAAACGGAAUGGACAGCUUUCUGUGGAAACAGAUAGUGUCCAACGUCCUGAUUUUCUCCUGUACCAACAUUGUGGGAGUAUGUACUCAUUACCCAGCUGAGGGCUCCCAGAGGCAGGCCUUCCAGGAGACCAGGGAAUGCAUUCAGGCCCGCCUUCACUCUCAGAGGGAAAACCAACAGCAGGAGCGUCUCCUCCUCUCAGUACUUCCUCGCCAUGUUGCCAUGGAAAUGAAAGCUGACAUAAACGCCAAGCAAGAGGACAUGAUGUUUCACAAGAUCUACAUCCAAAAGCAUGACAACGUCAGCAUCCUGUUUGCAGACAUUGAGGGUUUCACCAGUCUGGCAUCGCAGUGCACAGCACAGGAGUUGGUGAUGACUCUCAAUGAACUUUUUGCCCGCUUUGACAAGCUGGCGGCGGAGAACCACUGCCUGCGGAUCAAGAUCCUGGGAGACUGCUACUACUGUGUGUCUGGGCUGCCAGAGGCGAGAGCCGACCACGCUCACUGCUGUGUGGAGAUGGGCCUGGACAUGAUUGAAGCCAUCUCGCUGGUACGGGAGGUGACUGGGGUGAAUGUGAACAUGCGAGUUGGCAUCCACAGUGGCCGGGUGCACUGCGGGGUGCUUGGACUCAGGAAGUGGCAGUUUGAUGUCUGGUCCAAUGAUGUCACGCUGGCAAAUCAGAUGGAAGCUGGGGGCAAAGCUGGGCGCAUCCACAUCACCAAAGCCACUCUGAAUUAUUUGAAUGGGGACUAUGAUGUGGAACCAGGAGCAGGAGGAGAGAGAAAUGCCUACCUGAAGAGGAACAACAUAGAAACUUACCUCAUUGUGGGCUGCAGCCAGAAAAGGAAAGAAGAAAAGGCAAUGAUAGCCAAAAUGAGCCGACAGAGGACCAAUUCUGUCACUCACAACAGUGGACACUGGACUGACCGUCCCUUCUACAACCACCUGGGAGGAAACCAGAUUUCCAAGGAGAUGAAGAGGAUGGGAUUUGAAGACCCCAAGGACAAGCAUUUUAUUUUCAGGAACACACAGGAAAACCUAAACCCAGAGGACGAGGUGGACGAGUUUCUGGGCCGGGCCAUCGAUGCACGCAGCAUUGACCGUCUGCGUUCCGAACACGUCAAGAAGUUCCUGCUCACCUUCCGAGAGCCUGACCUGGAGAAAAAGUACUCCAAACAGGUGGACACCAGGUUUGGCGCGUAUGUGGCCUGUGCCUCCCUCGUCUUUCUCUUCAUCUGCUUCAUCCAGAUGGUCAUCGUGCCACCCUCCAGACUGAUGAUCGGCUUCUUCAUCACUUGUUUCAUUAUCCUGAUGGCUGUCAUGUUCAUCUCGGCUGUGUACUACUGUUUUGGGCUCUUCCCAGUCCCUCUCCAGACGCUUUCAAAGAGGAUAGUCCAGUCUAGACUCAACAGCACUUUGGUUGGUGUCUUCACCAUCAUCAUCGUCUUUCUCUCUGCUUUCAUCAAUAUUUUCACCUGCAGCAGUCAUGACCUGCGAAGCUGCAUCGAAUCAGAGCUCAACAUUAGCCUCGACCGUGUGAAUGCUUGCCAUGCUUUCUUCCUCAACUACAGCCUGGACAUAGAACUUAACCCCUGUGGAAAUAAUGAACUCAUCUGCAACUUUCCUGAGUACUUCUCGUCCUGUGUGCUGCUGAGCCUGCUGGCCUGCUCCGUCUUCCUGCAGAUCAGCAGCAUCGGCAAACUCUUCCUCAUGCUCUUCAUCGAGCUGCUUUACCUUCUCAUUUUGGAGGUGCCUAAAGUCAGCCUCUUUGAUAACCAGGAUCUGCUGGUUAUGGCCAAUGCCAUCAACUCUAUCGAGCACAUUAAUGGAACAAGCUGUGUGAUGGACACCAAGGUUCCUCUGAAGAUUAUGACCCCAGUGGUGAUCACAGUCUUCGUUCUUGCCCUCUACCUUCACGCUCAGCAGGUGGAGUCAACAGCCAGGCUUGACUUCCUCUGGAAGCUGCAGGCCACAGAGGAGAAGGAGGAGAUGGAGGAGCUGCAGGCCUACAACCGGCGUCUGCUCCACAACAUCCUGCCCAAAGAUGUGGCCGCUCACUUCCUGCAGCGUGAGCGUCGUAAUGACGAGCUCUAUUACCAAUCUUGCGAGUGUGUUGCCGUCAUGUUUGCCUCCAUCAGUAACUUCUCGGAGUUCUACGUAGAGUUGGAAGCCAACAAUGAGGGAGUGGAGUGUCUGCGGCUGCUCAAUGAAAUCAUUGCAGACUUUGAUGAGAUCAUUAGCGAGGAUCAGUUCCGCCAGCUGGAGAAGAUCAAGACUAUCGGCUCCACCUACAUGGCGGCCUCUGGUCUCAAUGACUCCACGUACGACAAGGUUGGACGCUCGCACAUUCGAGCUCUGGCCGACUACGCCAUGAGGAUGAUGGACCAAAUGAAAUACAUCAAUGAACACUCCUUUAACAACUUUAAGAUGAAAAUAGGUCUCAACAUUGGCCCGGUGGUUGCCGGCGUGAUCGGGGCCAGGAAGCCUCAGUACGACAUCUGGGGGAACACGGUAAAUGUAGCGAGUCGAAUGGACAGCACAGGUGUUCCGGAGAGGAUCCAGGUGACCACAGACCUUUACCAGGUACUGAGUUCCUAUAACUACACACUGGAAUACAGAGGUGUGGUUACAGUCAAGGGCAAAGGAGAGAUGAUGACCUACUUCCUCACUGAUGGACCAUCCAGCAGCAGUUAACCUUUAUUAAGUGAUAAACAGACACAUGUGAAGGUUAAGCGCCUUUUGACCUAACAAACUGGCUUACAGACCUCUUAUGGCUUACAGUGGGCUGAGAUUGAAGUUUCUUCUCACAGCAGUGGACCCUUCUUAAACUUGAUGCUACCAAGGAUAAGAGGAUUCAUCCCCAAAGCCUGUGGAGGAGUCCAUUCAUGUCAUGAAGGUGUGCCUGCUUGAAUCUGCCUUUUAGACCAAAGAUGUCCAAUCAGAACAUAAAGACGGGUUUGGCCAACUAGGUCCUGGAGGUAAAAGAAACUUGAUGAGCCUCAAUCUGCCAGCUUUUCUGAAGUGUUCCCAGACAAACCUGCAGGAAGACAUAAGCUCUGAUGCCUCCUUUCUUUCUCUCUGCCUUUCUCCUGCUGAGGUACAUACACUAUGUACAUGUACAACCCUGAAAGUUUUGUGUAUGUAGAUGAUUUGUAUGUACUGUUUGUAAAACAUUUGUCCAUGUUGUGGUACAGGUGCAGAUUUCUCAAAUGUGGACACCAAGCCAGCACUGCAGCACUAUUCAUCCAUGUAUCAAUAUUUAAUUACAUCAUUGAUUAACAGAUUAAUGGAGUCACAGCAAGUUAUGUCUCAUCACACGUGAUUUGUUUCAUGAAUGAGGGGGCCUUUCUUAUAUGGGUUGUUUUUCUUUAUACGAGAGAGAAAACACUACAGUGUUCACAGAAAGCUUCCCAUCAGACAUGCUGAUUCACAACCUCACACAAUAGUAUCAAAAGCAUAUAUUCACACCUGUGACACAAAGAGGAUGUCAGUGAAGAGCUUUUUCUAACCUUGAAAAAAAAAUUUCUAUUUUGACUUCAGAACACCAACCCUAUGAGAUAUUUUAAGAUUCUAUAUUUUGUACAUUCAUAUAUUAGAGAGAUGUCUAUAAACUCCAGUGUGCAUUCAGAUGUAUGUACUGUAGAAGUCAUGUUGGGACUUCACAAGUCCUUUCUGUUGCCUGAUCUUAGCAUCACACCACAGCCACUUAUUUUUAGCAUCAGCGAAUCAACACUCCCGAGGUUUCUAUUUUUUUCUCUCUCUAAUGCUCUUUUCACUGAAAGGGGCUUUUUAUCCAUUUAAUUUUUUAUCUGCAGGAAGUCAACUGGUGGCUGAUUAGAUGCCACUGAUAACCUCCCCUUUUUGUGUGUUUCAACCUCAUGGUAAAGAAGAAGUGUCACACUGAGCAGAGCUGCAGUUUCAGCAACAGACUAUAGGACUGCAAUGCAUCAGACUUGAUGCACAAAAGCCAUUUUGCACUCCAGUGCUUUCAGCCGUCCACCUCCUCGUACGCUGCUUCCACGGCCCCCUCUUCUUUGCUCAAUCAGAUGGUACGACCCAAUGAAUGUCCAACAAUCUCCGAUGAGGCCUUUAAUAUGGACUCUGUAGUGACAACAGCGAUGAUGCUCCUCCUGUGGACAAAGACAGAUGAGCACAUGUGGAAAUGUGCACUUUUAUCUGCUGUUUUCCUUUUCACAAGAUCUAUUUUCUUCAGUAUUACAUUACUUGGCAUGUUAAUUGACCUGGCCUGGCAUACACUUAAGUGAUACUACCCAACACUACUUCUGGUUUUGGUUUGUCUCGGCUGAGUCACAGGGUACAAUCAUGAAUACAUGUCUGGACAGUGUCAUGACUUCACCUGAACAUAAAAAUAAAAAUAAAAAAAAGGAUCAACUUAAUAAUAAAAAUGAAAAAUGACAAAAUCUCGUGAAAAGACUAAAAUGAGCACGUAAAUUUGACUUGAAAUAAACUGCUGGAUGCCGAGUUUAAUUCAGUUUCUAUUUUAAUAGCGGCUGUUAAGAGGAGUUUUAAACAUAUUAAAGGUAAUUAAACACUAAAAGACGAUGAAAUCUGACAGUGAAACAUUUUCUUUUUAGAUGACACACUUUAAACAUGUAAAGUGAUCCUGUUAUGGAGCCUGUAACCAUUUAAACAGGAAUGAAUAUGUGUAAGUUAAUAGAAUUAGUUAAAUUAUUUCAGGUAUAAUUAAAAAAAAAAACUCUUAUUAAAUGUUAAUUAGGCUGUAGAGGUGUUCACUAUUAUACUGGUUCAUGAGCGCCAGUAGGACUCAGAUGUUUCAAAGCAUCCCUGUUGUACUCAUUACAGGUUCAUAAUUUUACUUUGGGUAUUUAUCAGAUAAUUUUACAUCAGGGAUCACAAGAUUUGAUCCUUGAGGGCCACCGUUCCAUCCCUUUUUAGAGGCUACCCUACUCCAACACACCUGAUUCAAAUGAAUUAGAUCCAAAAGCUUAUGUUUUACACAAUGCAGAGAAACAUCUAAAACCUACAGGACAGUGGUCCUCAGGGACCAGAGUUUAAGUUCCUUCUGCUUCAAAUGUUAUUUUCCCUGUACUGCAGAGCUUCUUGUAACCAUGUUAGAAAUGUUCUAGUUUUGCAGAAUCUCUGAUUUGUCAGUAAGUGUAAGCCAGCUCUACAGUAUUUAUUAGAAUAUGUGCCAAACGCAACACUAAACAUGCAUUAUGGUUUUACUUGAUGUCAAAUCCAAAUGUGUCGGGUAGUUCAGGAGCAGUGUUGGCCUUUGUCUAUUUUGGUCUUUUCAUGAGAUUUUGGUGAUCGUACACAGAUUUAUACAUUAAUACCAGCCUUUUCCAUUAAAUGUUGCUUUUUUGUUCAAGAUGAACAAGCAAAAAUGGACUAAAUUAUUAUUACAAGCCUCUGAGAAAAGUCAGUCUGCACUGGUCUACUCUGCUGGUUUCAGUCUCAUCUUACUGUACUGCUGCAGCCAUUAAUUUCACACACUAGAAAAACUUUGUCAACGCGUUCAGCUCACUGAUUGCUGUGCCAUACUUACGCCCCUGUGAGCUUGUUAUCUAUUGUUUAAUGUGUAUGAAAGCACCAUAACAAAACACAAGGAGGCACAGAUCAGAGAUGAGCAGGAGUCGAGUAUGAUUUUUUUUUUUUUUUCUUUAAAUAAGUUGGAGGGAGCUCAUCGUUUAUUUUCUGCAGCUACAUAUCCUCACGUUGACUCUGACAUGAAGAGAAUCAGCAUCUGUGACAGAAACAGCUCCAGAGAGAAAACUGCGGGUUGCUUUUGUUGUCAUGCUAAACACUAUGCGUUUUUUUUAUAGUAAAAUAAACUGAGAUGUUUCACAGG